GCUGGACUUUCACAUCGCAACGGAAAGCUCGCAUAUGCUGAUAGUGGUGUGUUUCGCAACCAGACGUUUGGGAGAAAACACUCAGCUGGUCAGGGAGUAAUACAUUCAGAAGCGAGGCAGAACCCAGAACAUGUCCCUUAACCCUGAAAAGGCAAUUUUGUCAACCAGACCAGAACUGUUUGAUUUCCAUGGAGUCUCGAUGACUCACUAUUUUACAGACAACUGGGAGAAUGUUCAGAACUUUCAGGCCAGACCAGAUGAUAUACUUAUUGCAACAUAUCCCAAAGCAGGAACUACAUGGGUCUCCCAGAUCCUUGACCUGCUGUAUUUUGGUCAGACGUGUCCAGAGAGGCACAAUAACAUCCCCAUCUAUGAGAGAGUACCCUUCCUGGAGAUUGCCAUCCCAUCUUUGGAUUUAGGUUACCAAUCAGUCAUAUCACUAUGGUUAUGUUAUCAUGUUACCUGUUUCCCAUAUCAACGUUUUCCUUACUCCAUGUUCACCCCCCAUGCAGGGAAAGACCUGGCAGACAAGCUGCCCACCACCCCUCGACUCAUUAAGACACAUUUUCCUGUCCAGUUUGUGCCAAAGUCCUUCUGGGAGCAAAACUGCAGGAUCGUUUAUGUAGCCCGCAAUGCAAAGGACAACAUGGUGUCUUUUUUCCACUUUGAUCGCAUGAUUGCGAUUCAGCCAGAGGCUGGUGAAUGGAAUAACUACUUCCACAGAUUUUUGGAAGGACAAAUGGUGUUUGGCUCCUGGUAUGACCAUGUGAAUGGCUGGUGGAAGAAGAAACAGAAUUACUCAAAUAUUCAUUACAUGUUCUAUGAAGAUAUGAUUGAGGACACUGAACGGGAAAUAGACAAACUCUGCAGCUUCCUCGGUUUGUCUCGUUCAGCCGAGGAGAGGAAAAUGAUCUCAGGUGGAGUCCAGUUUGAUAAGAUGAAAAAGAAUGAGAUGGCCAACUAUUCUACACUCCCGGUUAUGGAUUUCAAGAUUUCUCCCUUCAUGAGAAAAGGGAAGGUUGGCGACUGGAAGAACCACUUCACCGUCGCUCAGAAUGAAGUUUUUGACGAAGACUACAAGAAGAAGAUGAAAGAUCCCACACUUCAGUUCCACACUGAAAUUUGAACAGAGCCAAACAUACAGACUGGAUAUAGUAUGAAAAAAAUUGAAGCAUGAAAGAAGCCAGAAGUGCUGAUCUGUUUAUUGAAAUAAAUAAACUUUAAAUGAACUUUAUGAAUCAUCAGUUAAAUUAACAGGAAUGUCAUCUCUGACAGUGAAUAUUUAAGACAUGUAUGUGCCCAAAACAACCCAUACUGUCUCGACUAAUAAAACAAUCAAUAAGAAGUUACAGUUAUAA